AUGGCGACUCUGAGGAGACAAUAUACGGUGGCCAGACCUGUGUACUCUGAGGACAGCUUCGGUGAAGAUCAUGAGAAAGUCUCCAGGCAGCGCAAAACCCUCCUGGACCAUGUGAAAGAGUAUCUGACAUGCGAUUCCAAACGCGCCAAGAAUGCAGUGCUGUCCCUCCUGCCCAUCAUUGGCUGGAUGAGGAUCUACAGAAUUAAAGAGUGGCUGCCGGGCGAUGUGGUGUCAGGGAUCAGCACCGGGAUGGUGGCCAUCAUGCAAGGACUGGCCUUCGCUCUGCUGGCCUCCCUGCCUCCGAGCUACGGCCUCUUCACGGCUUUCUUCCCCGUCCUUACAUACUUCUUCCUCGGCACUUCGAGACACUUAUCUGUAGGCGCUUUCCCAGUCCUGAGUUUAAUGGUGGGAGCUGUGGUGACCCGCCUGGUCCCACCGGACGGACCAGCGGCCAACAUCACUGCCUUUGAAGGCCUGACCCCGGACCAGCAGAAAGUCAUGGUGGCGUCCUCUGUGACCUUCCUCAUGGGGAUUUUCCAGCUUGCCAUGGGUGUUCUGCAGGUCGGCUUCAUUGUUGUGUAUCUGUCCGACACUCUUGUGUCCGGCUUCACCACAGCGGCUGCCGUCCACAUCCUGGUGUCCCAGCUCAAGUUUGUGUUAGGGUUGGACGUCCCGGGCCUCAAUGGUCCACUCGCUAUCAUAUCUACCCUGGAGAAGGUCUUUGUCCAGAUCACCUCCACCAACAUCUGUGACCUGGUGAUGUCCAUCGUGAUCAUGGUGGUGGUGUUCAUUGUGAAGGAGCUGAAUGAGAUGUACAAAGCCAAGCUGCCUGUUCCCAUCCCCAUCGAGGCUAUCACGACUGUCAUAGCUUGUGGGGUGUCCUAUGGCUUCAACUUCAACGAGAGAUACGGCGUUGACAUUGUUGGCAAAAUGGUUAGUGGGUAUGAGCCUCCCAGUGCACCCAGUAUGGAAGUCUUCCAACAGAGUGCUGUGGAGGCCUUUCCUAUAGCCAUAGUGGGGUUUGCUGUUGGUUUCUCUGUGGCCAAAGUCUAUGCUAUCAAACACGAUUACACCAUUGAUGGGAACCAGGAGCUCAUUGCAUUUGGGGUUAGCAACAUAUUCGGUGCAAGCUUCAAGUCGUUUGCAGCCAGCACAGCACUCUCCAGGACGGCUGUGCAGGAGAGCUCAGGAGGCAAAACACAGAUUGCAGGCAUAAUCUCAGCCAUGAUGGCGAUGAUCGUAACUGUGGCGCUUGGCUUCCUGCUGGAGCCACUUCCCAGGUCUGUCCUGGGUGCCUUGGUCAUCAUCAACUUGAAGGGCAUGCUGAUGCAGUUCAGAGAAAUCCCGUACUUCUGGAGGAAGGACAAACCAGAAUGUGUGGUGUGGGUGGUAACCUGUGUGGCUUCCAUCCUGCUGGGACUGGAUCUUGGCCUGGCCGUGGGCCUGGGGGUGGAGCUGCUCACUGUCGUCUUCAGGACUCAAUUCCCCCGCUGUUCUGUCUUGGCUAACAUCCCAGGGACUGACCUCUACAGAGAUCGCAAGGAUUACCUAAAUAUACAUGAACCAGCGGGUGUAAAAAUCUUCAGGAUACCCUCGCCUAUCUUCUUCGCCAACAUUGAGUUCUUCAAGGACAAGCUCGUAGAAGCUGUUGGGUUCAACCCUCUGAGGGUUUUGAGAAAGAGGAACAAGGCUCUCAGGAAAAUCAAGAAACUCUUGCAGACGAAGAAUCCUGACAUUACAGAGAAAGGCUUGGAAGACGUACUCAGCCAGAUGGGUGACGAGGGCUACAUGAACACGGAGGAGUUGGAUCUGCCCACUGAUGUCAAGGACCUCCCUUUUCGGAUAGACUGGAACGCAAAGUUUCCCGCUAACAUCAGCGUCCCCAGAGUGGACCUCCACAGCCUGAUCCUGGACUUCUCUGCCGUCUCCUUCCUGGAUAUCUCUGCUCUGAAGGGACUCAAAACGGCGCUCAAAGAGUUCAUCCGUGUUGAUGUGGAUGUUUACAUUGUUUCUUGUGAUGUGUACAUCCUGGAGAAGCUGCACAGCUGCAUGUUCUUCGAUGACGAGCUCCUGACCUCCAUGUUCUUCCCAACCCUUCAUGACGCCAUGCUGCAUGUGCUUGAAAAGCACGAGGACAACGGCAAAGACAGAGUGGUAAGGACAACUAUUCAUAUCUAUCAUUCUUUGUGA